UAACCCAAGAAAAUGUCCGGGUUGGUGGGUGGUGGAAGGACAUGGCUAUGUAUGGGUAUUGAGAGCUCUGGAAGAUUUUGGUGUUGUUAAGACGGUGAAGGUACGAUGUGUGACGUCACUUUCUGAGGAAAUGUGGAACGAAGUGUGCAGUUCAAAGGUCAUUGAGGGUGGUCACGUGGUUGAAAUAGUCGGGAAUACCCCACAACAGCUUCAAGUUGAAAAAGAGGAACGAAUAAAACAGUGGAGGACAAGUUUGAAACCAAUAUGGUGUUCUGUGAAACCUGCUUGUCGGUUACGCCUGGCUGAUUAUCAAAGUGACGUCAUACCAAAAAACACAAAAUCGUGCGCAGGAUUAGGUAUCUGCCAUUCCCCAACCUACCACGAAGAGGUUUCGGAAGAUCCAGACAUCGGCCCAAACCAUCGAUGCCAGCGGGAAUUCGUGACCCCAAUACGCCGCAAAAUCCCGGAAACUACCCCGUUCUUUUUUGACGUAUUACCGUGGGGGUUAUACGUGCGUGUUUUCCUUUUCCUUUUGUUCAUGUCCGUUGUAUCUGGUUGUUAUCUAAAGGGCUGUGGCGGUUUAUUUGGUAGAAACAGAAGUGACUCAAAAACUUUGCUUGAACAAUAAAGUACGACCCGUUUAACUAUGUGUGGAACACAAGGGGAACAAUGUAUUGGAAUGAAAGAAAGCUUGUAAAAAUCGCCGGCAUGUA